AUGGCUGGUUUACGUGCCCUUGUAUCCGUCCUCUUGGUUUGCAUCAGUUUCCAUAACAUAAACGCAGCAUGCACUUUGGGACCAAGAAGCAAAAAGGACAAAUCGGUCAAGUUUUCGCCCGAGUGUGGAUCGGCAAUCGCAAUAGUUUCCGUUCGACCAGAAAUCCAAAAAUGCUCCAACUUCGCAAAAUUGUUCCCCAUCCAUGCCUCCCAGACCGGCGUCUCGGCUCCCAUUCAGGAUUGGAUCACCGGAAUGUGUGCCGUCGAAGCCUGUACCGAUGAAGCCUUGAAAGCAGCUUUAGACACGCUCUCCAAAGACUGUGCUAGCGAGUUGAAGAACAAAUCGCCCGACGCUGGUGCUCUCUUUUCCAUAUUCACACACUACAAGGAUAUCAGGACCACAUCGUGCAAAGACACCAAAAAGUUGGACUUCUGUCAACCUGAACUAGUAGGCACCGUGGAACAAUUAGAGAAGACCAACCGCACCUUCUUUACAGUUUCGGCGCAAGCGUAUUGUACGGAAUGUCACAAGAAGUCGGACACUGGAAAGCCCAACCCACCGUCCAAACGCUCCAACGAAAAGAAGAACGAGUCGGCCGAUGUCUGUAAGGGCAAUCUCGAAAAGAAACGUCUCGAAGUCGGCUUGCCUCAGCUCAACGAUAAAUCCGACCCCAAAGAAAAACCCGAUCCUAAAGAAAAACCCGACCCCAAAGAAAAAACUGACCCCAAAGAGAAAACUGAUCCCAAAGAAAAAACCGACCCCAAAGAAAAAACCGACCCCAAGGAAAAAACCGAAGCCAAAGAGAAUCCCGAAGCCAAAGACAAACCCGCAACCCCAGCUCAGCCCGAAAAGAGUGGUUAA